CGAUCAAACAAAUGAGUAAAUGGCUCGUUAUACCGUUUGUGUUAUAUGGAUAUUCCGUAAUUCCAAAAUGAAACAAAACAACGGAAACCAAGCCUUUCCCCAUAAUCUGGCUCUGACAUCCAAAAUGGACAAAACGAUAUUACGAGGCUAUUUUUCAUUUUUUGCAGAUACCAGCAUAAAGGAUAUGGAAUAAUCAAACAAACGAGUAAAUGGCUCGUAAUAACAUUUGUGUUAUAUGGUUAUUCCGUUAUUCCAAAAUAAAACAAAACAACGGAUACCACGCAUUUCCCCAUCAUCUGGUUCUGACUUCCGAAAUGGACAAAUCGAUAUUACGAGCCUAUUUUUUAUCUUUUGCAGAUAUCAGCAUAAAGGAUAUGGAAUAAUCAAAACAACGAUUAAUGGCUCGUUAUACCAUUUGUGUUAUAUGGUUAUUUCAUUAUUCCCCAAAAAACGAAACAACCAAAAACAAGCCGUUAUACUUAAAUGUGUGUUUGAGUUACUAAAGUGACAAAACGAUACGGUCCUAUUUUGCGUUUGUCAACACGGGUUGCAAAAUAGAAAAACCAAUGACCACAAGGUACACGGACCCGUUUGAAUGGCACUGCUUGCUCACCAGAAACUAUGCAUACAUACAUUUCUUAAUGUAGCCUAUACAUAAAACUAGGUAUUUGAAAUACCUAGCACAGUCAUUAUUAACAAGUUGGGAACCAGCAACCAGAUUAACAAACCAGUCUUGGAUAAAAGUGUAUAGGCUAGGUAUUAGGCCUACAUUAUAUGAACAAUUCAAGUGACCAACAAGCUACAAUGUUGGCCAAAACCUUACUAAAACACAAUCAUGUUUCUUUAAAUAACACUCACAGAGAAAUAAUUAUAUGGGUAUGUUGAUUAUUUUAUUGAACAUUUAGGUUGUAUGAUCGUUUUCCCAAUUUUACUUCCGUGCUUGCCUACGCAGUUGCAUGUGAGCGAAUUGUUAUGACAUCACCAUGUUGCCUAGUGAGGCUUCCUGAAUGGUUACGUUCUCAGAUUUCAGGCCCAUGCUCAUGAAAAUUGAAACUAAGUUUCAAAGUUUCAUUUCUUCAGAAGCCAAAAUUGAGUCAAAGCAAGUGCAGUGCCAGGGAGGGGCAGAUAGAUCUGUGUUCAAUAAAUAGCCUACAGCCGGAACACUUGCUUAUACUUGUGGUUAUAGAAAGCUUCUGGUUUCAGGGGCUUUGAUCCAAGGAGAUCACAACACCUCAACAGUGGCUCCAAUUCCAAAAGCAAAGCAAAAACAUCCAUUGCAAUGGCUGCACACCAACCCAAUGUCCACACCACACUCAUCAGUACUUUACUUCAGAAGCAUGACUUUUACAUCGGCUGUGGCUUGUGCUGCAAACAGGAAAUAACCGUCAGUUUUGACCAGCAUCACUGUCACAGAGAUAUGCUCUUUGCCAAGGAGAGGGAGGGAUAUCAUGUAUGGAGGCGUGUAUCUGAUCUCCCUUCAUUUCCCAACCCAGAGAAGUACUUUGUGUGCAAAGGUUACAAGGAAGGAAGUGGGUGUGACUUGCACGGUCAGCGCUGCACUUUUGCCAAAAGCUCAGUGGAAGCAGUAGUGUGGAACUUUCUAAAGCAGAACGGGUUCAGUUAUUCUGACCUCAUCAGCUUGAUAAGAAAAGAAAAAGGAUUCCCACUUGAACCGACAAUCCAUGCCAACCACCAGAGACUCAAAGAACAAAUCCAAAGUCAGUUCCCUGGUAAAUUUAUACAAGUUUGUGAAACCUGUUUCCACAGCAAACGGCAGAGGGCUGUGUUGAAGGGCAGCACCAUAACAUGCUCUUACACCCAGCCCCUCAAACAUCGUUGGGAGCCAACAAUGGUUCUUCAUAAUGGUAACAUAUUUACAGAGCUUAGGCCUAAACCCAAUAAGAGUGUCAGCAAAUGGUGGCCCUGUAAGUAUGCUGAGAAGGGAGAGCAAUGCGUACAUGGAGCACAAUGCUGCUGGUUUGCACAUAGCAAGCUGGAGAUUAUUGUGUGGAGUGCUGAGAGCCAGGGGUUUGACCGCUCAGAGCUGCUUACUGCUGUCAGGCAACAGGGGCCCAAGGCACCUGUCUCUUCAUCCCAGAAAAGGCAGUACAAUUGCAAUGCUUGUGAAAAACAGUUCUACUCAAGAGGAGACUUAAUGAAUCAUUGUAACGAUUUAAGUCACAGCACACGAAUGGAAGAGCUGAAUUCUGUUGGAAUGGGGAAAUGGAAACAUAGAGAUCCACCACAAACAAAUAAAACCUACAGAUUAUGUGAAAGGGCCUCUACAUGUGAGCUUGGAAGCAAUUGUGUGGACGCACACUCACAGGAGGAACUCAGAGAAUGGCAUGUGCGAGACAAGAUGAAGCGAAAGACGGUUUCUGCUGCCGAAGAUCAGGGUGUACUUUCAUACCAGGACAGUCUGCUGAGAGAAUACCGGGACAGCAUGGCCUUAGAUCUUAUUAUGUCAGAAACAUUGCCUGGAACUACUGUUGAAUGUGACAAAGACUUGGUGAUCUUUGGUCAUGCAGAAAACAAGACUCUGGAAUGGAAGUUCAAAAUACAAUCCAAGAGACCCAUUAUGGAGGUUGCCUUGUUGAAGCAAUUGCCUGAAGCCCUUUUCUCUUUAGAUAAUAAAAAUCCUGAAUUGUGCACAUACGCCUCAGGCCAACAGUUCUACAACACAGACACCAUGACCUAUGACAUCACUGUGACCUUCAAGUCAAGCAACCCAGGUCCUUAUGAACAAUGGUUGGUGUGUGACCUUGACAUGAGACCAGUGCUCCUGCAGAAGCUCAAGGUAAGAGUGGGAAAAAUGUCUGACCCUCAGCUAAUGGAGCUACCAGAGAGCCACGGCCAUCCUUGUCAAGAGUGUGAACGCUGGCAUGGAGGAAAUAGGGAGAUCAUUCCAUGUCUAUACAAAACAGAUGCACAGGAAGAGCUGCUAAAAGAGUUCAAACCACCACAGAUGAGCUUACAGUUUAAUUCACCUGAAGAUAUCAGCACCCCUAUGAAUCACCUCAAUUACAAAGACAGAAUGCACAAUUUCUUGUACAAUGAAGAGCAUGCAGAGGAUUCCAUAGUGGCAAGGCUGAGUGUUCAAGGUAAAAUUACUUUGUCAACCACCUUGGAUGAUUCUCUUUUUGGGAUGAAGAUUGCCCCACAGGGUGAACUAUUUGGUGCCAUUUCAGUGCCUUAUACCCUUACCCCUGAUACACCAGAGGGUGCAGUCCUUAAACAUGAUGUACAGUCAGCACUCAUUGCACCAAUACAAUCCAACAAACAAAGUACCAAGGUGUAUGAGGCCAUCAUCCUCAGAGACACCACCAUUGGGAACCAAAUGCACUUUAAACUUUCCAAUACAUGCUGCUCUGAGCUUUCUCUUCAAAGCAAUAAUGUAUGUGAAAUGGAGAUACAGUUUAGGCUUAACCGUCUCAAAUUUUGUGAAAUGCACAAAGCAGUAGAUCUUCUUCCAGACAUGGAUAGAGUGUUACCAGACCUCAACAACACCAGUGUCUUACUGGGCACAAAAGAAUAUGAAGGACUAGGACUCAAUUCAAAGCAGCAAGUGGCAAUGAACAUUAUUGUUGGAGAAGCAUGUGAAAGAGGAACUGAAGUUCCAUUUCUUAUAUAUGGACCGUUUGGAACAGGAAAAACAUUCACUCUUGCUACAGCAACCAAGGAGCUGGUUAAGAAACCUACCAACAGGGUAUUGAUCUGCACCCACACAAACAGUUCUGCAGAUUUGUACGUGAAAAAUCAUUUCCAUAGCUCUGUCAACUCUGGCCGUUUUGAAGUUAAACCUCUUAGAAUAAAGGCUGAAGAAGCAUCUGUGAAAUCCACUGACAAAGUAACUUUGCAGUAUUGCCAUCUCUCUGAAGACAAGCAAUCCUUCUCUUUCCCUGAUGAAGAAUUAUUAGCCUCCCAUAGAGUGGUCAUAACAACCACGGCAAUGGCAAGACACCUCCAUGAUCUGAAGCUCCCGAUUGGCUACUUCACUCACAUCCUUAUUGACGAAGCUUCUCAGAUGUUGGAAUGCGAGGCCCUGAUGCCCCUUGGUCUGGCGGGGCCGAACACCCGUGUGGUUUUAGCUGGAGAUCACAUGCAAAUGGGACCAAAACUGUUCUCGGUAGAUGUUCACCAACGCUCCAAUCACACUCUACUGAACCGACUGUUCCACUACUAUCAAGGUCAUUAUAGUGACGCAGCUUCUAAAAGCAGAAUCAUUUUCAAUGAAAACUAUCGCUCAACAAAGGAAAUUGUGGAAUUUGUGUCCACUCACUUCUAUGUUGGCAAGAGUGAUGUCAUCAAAGCUGUCGGAAAUGUUCCAUCGCAUCCAAGUGGCCAUUCCCUGAAGUUCCAUCAUGUCAGAGGAGAAUGCGAGUUGGACACCACAUCAAUGUCCUGGUUUAAUGUGGAAGAAGUGGAAAAGGUGGUUGAAAUAGUGGAAGAUCUUCUCAGAGACUGGCCAUCCACCUGGGAACCUUCGGAUCCAAGCUCUAUUUGUGUUCUAUCAGAAGGACACCAGGUUUUGCUGAUAAGAAACCAGCUUCGGAAAAGACAUCUUCAUGCAGUGACUGUGGAGAAUAUAGCAAAUGUUCAAGGCAAACAGUUCAGGGUCAUAAUAAUGUCAGCCAUUCAGACCGGAGACAGUCUUCGUACCCUUGACACAGCUGGUCUAGAUGUAUUGAAUGAUGCCCGGGUAUUGAACACAACCAUCACCAGGGCUCAAUCCCAGGUUGUUGUCGUUGGGGAUGCUGCUGCUCUCUGCUACUUUGGAAAAAGCUCAAGGUUUUGGGAAAGCUACAUACAUUACUGCAUCAACAAACAAAGUGCACACCCUCAAUUUCUUACAAAAGACUUCUUAAAGCAAGAGGUCAGAGAGAUUUCUCGAUUCAGCAAACAGGAUAAAGAGGACAACAGUGACAGUGAAUCAUCCACAUCUGAGAUACCUGACAUUGAAGACCCAAUACUGAAAGAGCUUCUUGAUGAAGAUAAAGAUGUCAGGGUAGAUGUAACAGCUGAGGGUCUGUUAGAUGUCCUUUGGGGAAAGGACAAUGUAGAAAAAGUUAACAGACAUGAAGGGGAAACAAAACAGGAAAACUAUCCUCUGGAACCUGUGUCAUUACAGAGGGAUCCAAGUAACUACAAACACUGCACUUUGAUUAUGGAACAGUUUGACUCUGGAUACGCCAUACCUCUAGAUGAGCCUUCCUCUCGGAUUUAUAUUAAAGGAAGAAAAAAUGUGGCACAUUCUUUCCCCGGAGAUCAGGUCCAUGUGGAGAUUUUUAACAAUGGAAGCCAUCCUCCUGAAGGAAGAGUUUUAAGUGUAGUGAAUGCAGACUAUGGUUCAAAGACUUUUGUCUGUACAGUUGAUAACUAUGAUCCCCAGGUGAUGACACCUAUCAACAACUGCAUCUCUAAGAUUUACACACCAUUUUGGAAGGACAAGCCAAACCACAUUGCAGUGCGUACAUUUGAAGGUCAGCAUUUGAAAGUGGAGAGGUUUGAGAAGAUAAAUGAAGAAUUGAAAAGAAACAAGCUAUUUGUUGUCCAAGUCUUAAAGUGGCGAGAUCAAUUUCGAUACCCCUUAGGAGUAGUUGUGAAAGUCCUCCCAAGAGUAACAUCCUUAGAUGCAGGACUCGAAGUUCUGGAUAUAGAGUAUAAAUUACAACGAGUGCUUCCAUCAUCUAUUGAAAAGGAUGCCCAAAUAUUCAAGGAUUUGAAAGCCGAUGUAGAAAAUCGAAUGGAUUGUCGUGAAUUUAUCACCUUUACAAUUGACCCUGCACACUCUGAGGAUCUAGAUGAUGCCAUAAGUGUGAGAGAUUUAGGCAAACACUACGAAAUCGGAGUUCACAUAGCUGAUGUUGCAAGCUUUGUGGCAAAGGACUGCUCAAUAGACAAAUAUGCAAGACAGAACGGAACAACGUUUUAUCCCCCUACGAAAGAGCCUUUCUACAUGUUCCCAAAAGGUUUGAGCACCAACAAUUUCAGUCUACUACCUGACUUUGAACGAAAUGUCAUAUCAUUGAUGGUUAAAAUUGACAAGAGCACUAAUUCCAUCAAAGAUAGUAGGUUUGCCCUCUCAGUGAUACGCUCGGACAAGAAGUUGUCAUAUGAAGAAGCUGAAAACAUUCUCCAAAACUCGACCCAAGGAUUAAAUACUUUGGAGGGCUGCCUCAACAUUGCAUAUACAUUUUCUGAAGUUCACAGAAAGGCUAGGAAACAGGAUGACUGGUACUAUAAGACACCAGAUGAAGAUGUAGUCAUUGGAAGGAGGCAGUCUCACAAGAUGGUGGAAGAACUCAUGGUCAUGUACAACCAUGCUGUCACAGUUUAUUUGCUCAGUAAUGCAGAAACAGCAAGCUGCACCCCAGUCAGAUGCCAAGAAAAACCCAACACUGAGCAGCUUCGCAAUUUAAAGGUGAAAUUUGAUUCAAUUAUCCCAUUGUCCAUUCAUUUUACUCAUUGUAUGGUGGGGGUUGCCAACAUUGACCAAAACCACAAGAUGGAUCGGGCUGUGAUUAAUGAAACUCUUCAAGACUUGCCACAAAACACAGACCUCUCAAAUACCUUUUCUGUACUAACCUCUGUCAUUAAGUGUCUGGAUUUGGCCUGCGAAGACAUGGAUAUCCAUAGAAUUGUGGACCUACUUGCAACCGAUGACAUUUAUCCCCAGCUACAGCCUUUGGUGUAUGAGUUCAGGAAGUCCAUUCAUAAGGCACAUGUUCUACGGUCAAACACAUCUCACCUGUCUCGAAUUGGGCAUUAUGACCUUCAGCUGGACAGCUACACAUGGGCCUCCUCACCUAUUCGUCGAUAUGUGGACAUUGUUGUACAAAGACUUCUUCACUCAGUUGUGGACAGGAAAGCUGUUGAAUACACUCCUCAUGAAAUUGAUCAGUCAUGUCUAAGCUUCUCUGACCUGUCUGACCAACAGAAAAAGUAUGAGAGGAAAGCACACCCUUUAAGUCUUGCAUCGCAGCUUAAUGUAAAAAGUGCAAGGAUGAUUGCCUUUGUCAUUGAUGUCUCCCCAGCAGGAAAAAGUUUAAAGCUAUCAUUUCCAUUGAACCGACAGUCUUUGCCAAAUUUGGUCCCAAUACUGUACAGGGAUAUGCAAUUGGCAGACCAACCAGAGUACAUCAAGGAAGACAACUCUGUGUUAUUAAAAUGGGUGAGACGAGUUUAUUCCUUCACAAAUGAAAACAUCCGCACAGAACUGCAACAUCAGCGGGUUAGUCAAUCAGUCAUGGCAGUUCCAACCAAGCUGUGGAAACGUAUCACGUUAGCGCUCAAGGAUGAAAAUUGGGACGCUAUGCUUCAAGGCAUCAAAAUGAUCAGAUCAACUGACAACGAUGACUUACAAGAAAUACCCCACCACAGUCUGACUAAAGAUAGGACCAGUCUCAAUCCAGAUCACUUUGUUGAACUAUCGUUGAGAUUGAAGCCUGGUGAGACUGUGGAGGUGCAAUUGGGAACAGACACUGAGAGGGGACUGUUGGUGCCAGUUGUUCAAAUGCUGAUUGUUUGUGACAAGUUCGAGAUCUGCUUGGAGCACACCAAAAACCCAACCCAGUGUUUUUCCAAAUAUGCACUCCAUUCAUCUUCACAAACGUAUGACACAUACAUGGACUAUCAGAAAAUAUGGAAACCAUUGUGUGAGAUGGAAUCAGCCUCCAACGCUGUUGUCGAAAAUGACAGCAUUGUCAUAGACAACGUGCAGUUAACAUGGAAGCAAAUCCCAGGAGCCAAAAAGCUCUGCGGAUCUUUCCAGAUGCCACUUGACAAGGUGGAACUGUGGACCAUCAAGUGUAAUUUGAAACAAUGUUUACUCUGUAUUCGCUUGAGAGACCAGAAUUUGGGAAACAAGGGUACUCAGAAUCAUCAGAAUGUUGACCUCAUGAAUAUCCCAUCUAUCAUAUGGGUUGCUCAUGGAGUAACCACCAAGGUUACUGAUGAGGAGAAAGCCAAAGAUCUUACCUACAUCCAGAUCGACUUCCGGAUUAACCACAUGUCCAUGGACAGAAUUCCUGAUAGUAUAUACUGGAAGGAUUCCAAAUUCACAGUGGAAUUGAUCCCCAAACUGCUACCAGAUGUCCGCAAGGAGGACGCAGUCACUCACCUUACUGAGGCUAAUCACCUUGUGAAGGCCAUCGCUCUUGGCAAGAAGACCAACUCUGUAUCUGUUACAGCAUUCCGGAUACCAGUCACUUUUGAGAUUACAGAGCAGCUUGCUGUUAAGUUUCCAGAACUGAACCCCAGUCAAGUCACGGCUAUACGAGAAGCCCUCAAAAAACAGUUUACUCUUAUUCAGGGACCUCCAGGUACCGGAAAAACUAUUGUUGGAGUUCACCUCGCUUAUUGGUUUUUCAAGCUAAACCAAUAUACCCCAACCCAUGAAUUAACAACUACUGAUGACAGCUCUCCACCACGGAGAUGCAUUCUGUAUUGCGGGCCAUCUAAUAAAUCUGUGGAUGUUGUGGCUGGUCAACUUCUAAAACUGAAGGAUGUUCUGAAGCCACUCCGUGUUUAUAGCGAUCAGAUGGAAAUGUUAGAGUUUCCGUAUCCAGGCAGCAACCUGAAGCUGUCUCGCAGAUCUGUAAGGGAGGGGAAACCCAACAAAGAACUAAGUCCCAUCACAUUGCAUCAUCUUAUUCGAAAACCAGAAAAUCCUUUCUCUUGUGAAAUACUGUCUUUUGAUGAAAGAAUUUCUAAGGAAGAGAACCUCUCAGAUGAAGAGAUUAAAAGCUACCAAAAACUCUUGAGCAAAGCUCGGAAACAUGAGUUGAUGUUACAUGAUGUUAUCCUUUGCACUUGUACUGCAGCAUCAAAUCCCAACUUCGCUAAGCUGCACAUUGAGCAAAUCAUCAUUGAUGAGUGUGCCAUGGCAACUGAGCCUGAAUCUUUUAUCCCUCUUGUCACCCACAAGCCGGAAAAGAUUGUUCUUCUUGGAGACCACAAGCAGCUACAGCCCACCGUCCAUUGUGAUUUGGUGGCCAGACUUGGCAUGAGGAAAUCUUUGUUUGAACGAUACAUGGAUAAGGCAUUAAUGCUUGAUACCCAGUACAGAAUGCAUGAGGGCAUAUGUGAGUUCCCCUCAAAGCAGUUCUAUAAUGGACGUCUCAAGACAAAUGCCAAGCGGAGAGAUAGCGUCCUGCUCAAGCAGUCGGCCAUUUUUACACCUAUCCUUUUUGGGCAUGUUGCUGGAACAGAGAUCAGCCUAGUGGUCUCCACUGAAUGGGGGAAUGAAAACUCCAUGGCUAACAUAGAGGAAGCUAAGCAAGCGGUUCACAUUGCUUCACUACUCAUCAAUAAGGCACGGGUGCAGGUCAAAGACAUAGCCAUUCUUACACCAUACAAUGCCCAAGUGUCCAAAAUCAACGAAACUCUGACAGAGAAUGGUCUCUUGAAUGUUAAUGUGAGCACCAUUACAAAAAGUCAAGGCAGUGAAUGGCGUUAUGUGAUUUUGUCCACUGUACGCUCUUGUCCCGGGUCUGAGAUUGACAAAAGCCCAACUAAAGCGUGGCUAACCAAGAGGCUUGGUUUCAUCAUGGAUCCCAACCAAGUCAAUGUGGCCAUCACUCGAGCUAAAGAAGGACUGUGCAUUAUCGGUAAUAAAGACCUUCUGUCGUGCAGCUGGCUGUGGAAGAAUUUGCUGAGACACUACCAUGAGAACGGCUGUGUUGUCGAUCACGCCAAGGACAUUCAGGUCCAAAAUCCCGGAGCCAAACCCAAGUAUUGCGCAUCAGUCUUGUAAAGUUUUCACAAAUGUAUAUAGACAAAUAUGUUGAAUGUAUGCCAAAUCUAUGAAUCCAUAAAUAUUAUAUAUAAAAUAAUAUAACCUACAGAUUAUUAAAAGAGGGGAAAAAAUGUAACAUUUCAACAUUAAUUUUUUGUCUUUUUAAGUUUAUUAAAGUUUGUACAUAUAU